UCAACAAGAACUAAUGAACCUCAAAGUAUAAUUCAGUCAGAUUCAGAAUGUCAGGUUGGAAAGCCAAGUUAACGUUGUCACUUGUAGUCCAGAGUUUGAUUUUGGGUCUGGCCAUGGCGAACACGAACGGUGACUCCAAGUUCUCCUCGAAGCUCUAUGGUCCUUUGGCCAAGUCCAACGUCAACAGAAACAUCGUAUUUUCUCCUGCCUCCAUUAGGACUGGACUGACGUUGGCUUACCUGGGUGCCGAGGGCAGUACUGCCGGCGAACUGAAGGACGGACUGGGCCUGGAGGGGGCAGACAAAAUCGAGGUGGCCCAGCAGGUGGCCAAGGCCCUGAAAAGGGACAUACCGUCGUCGGGGGAAACCGAAGACGAGGCCCAGUUGAAGGUUGCCAAUCGGAUUUAUGUGGCACAGAAAUUCCAACUGGCCCAAGCCUAUCAGGAUUUGGUGAGCGGAAAUUUUGCAGCCGUUGCCGAAAAUCUGAACUUUAGUCGGAGUUCUGAGGCGGCCCGGAGCAUCAACUCCUGGGUGGAGGAGCAGACCCAUCAACAAAUCAAGGACCUCAUCAGUCCGGACUCCCUCGAUGAUGAUACGGCGGCCAUUCUGGUGAAUGCCAUUUAUUUCAAGGCCGACUGGCAGAACAGUUUCCCCGAUUACUCCACGUAUGCCAGGGACUUUGUCAACCACGGAGGUCAGCGGGUCAGCGUGGACACCAUGUCACAAUCGGAUUACUUCAGCUACGGUGAACUAUCGGAGUUGGGGGCCAAGGUCCUGGAGUUGCCCUACUUCGGCACAGACAUUGUGUUCCUGGUGAUUUUGCCCCAGGAGGAGCAAGGAUUAGCCUCCCUGGAGGAGAAACUCAACGGCCUGGACUUGAAGGAUGUGCGCUCCCGUCAGCAACUGCCCAAGUUUAAAUUUGAGUUUGAUGUGCCCCUGCAACCAGUUUUGGAAAAGUUGGGAAUCAAGCAACUUUUUGGACCUCAGGCUGACUUCAGCGCACUGCUGAGUGCUCCGACGCCCCUUCACAUCUCGGAGGUGAAGCACAAGGCUGUCAUCGAGGUGAACGAGAAGGGAACCACGGCCAGUGGGGCUACCUUUGUCAAGGCCGAGCUGGAGUCCCUGGUUAUUGGCGAGCAGACUGUCGAGUUCGUAGCGGAUCAUCCCUUCGCCUUCGCCAUCGUAGGCAAGGAGAGCACCUUGUUCCUGGGCCAUGUCAGUCAGCUAUGAGUACGAGUGCGAUUAGUUUUAGCUGUAAAUCCUCGGAAACUCAAUAUCCGAGCACCCAAUAAAUGCCAAUCUUCGAUGUCAAGUGCAGGGACUCGAACAGAA